UAAACCCUCCUCAAGUCUCCGCCACAACACUGCUACUCAGUAGUAGAGCCCCUCUCUCUCUUCUUCUUCUUCUUCUUCAUUCCGAUUUCCGAUGGCUUCGGUCGCUCUCCGAAACCCUAACUCCCGCCGCCUCCUCCCCGUCUCCUCCCAAAUCUACUCCUGCUGCCGUGGAUCCGCCACCGCACCUUCUCCGAUCUCCUCUGAAAAUGACCGCUCUUACAACCCCAUUCCUUGGUGGAGAUCCAUGGCCACCUUCACACGCACGAAACCUCAUGUGAAUGUGGGAACUAUUGGACAUGUCGAUCACGGAAAGACGACUCUGACUGCUGCAAUUACAAGGGUACUUGCGGAAGAAGGGAAAGCUAAGGCAAUAGCCUUUGAUGAAAUUGACAAGGCCCCUGAAGAGAAAAAGAGAGGAAUUACAAUUGCUACGGCUCAUGUGGAGUAUGAGACCACUAAACGCCAUUAUGCUCAUGUGGACUGCCCAGGACAUGCUGAUUAUGUCAAAAACAUGAUUACUGGAGCUGCUCAAAUGGAUGGGGGUAUUCUUGUUGUAUCCGCUCCUGAUGGGCCUAUGCCACAAACUAAGGAACACAUUCUGCUUGCACGCCAGGUUGGUGUGCCAUCGCUUGUGUGUUUCCUCAAUAAAGUUGAUGCAGUUGAUGAUCCAGAGUUGUUGGAACUUGUCGAAAUGGAACUCCGUGAACUUCUUAAUUUCUACAAGUUCCCUGGGGAUGAAAUCCCUAUUGUCCGUGGUUCAGCCUUGUCUGCGUUGCAAGGCACAAAUGACGAGAUAGGCAAAAAGGCAAUUUUGAAAUUAAUGGAAUCUGUGGAUCAAUACAUCCCAGACCCUGUACGCCAACUUGACAAGCCUUUCCUUAUGCCAAUUGAAGAUGUUUUCUCAAUUCAAGGCCGUGGAACUGUUGCUACUGGACGCAUUGAACAAGGGUGCAUUAAAGUUGGUGAGGAAGUUGAGAUUCUGGGGCUACAUCAGUCCGGUCCUCAAAAAACUGUGGUGACAGGUGUUGAGAUGUUCAAGAAAAUCUUAGAUCGAGGGGAAGCUGGUGACAAUGUGGGUCUUCUUCUUCGAGGUCUAAAACGAGAAGAUAUACAACGAGGACAGGUAAUUGCUAAGCCAGGAACAGUGAAAACACACAAGAGAUUUGAAGCAGAGAUAUAUGUCCUCACAAAGGAUGAAGGUGGACGUCAUACUGCCUUUUUCUCAAACUACAUGCCUCAGUUUUAUUUGAGGACUGCAGAUAUCACUGGAAAAGUAGAAUUGCCGGAGGAUGUUAAAAUGGUUAUGCCUGGUGAUAAUGUGACUGCAGUUUUUGAGCUCAUGCUACCUGUUCCCCUUGAAGCAGGUCAAAGAUUUGCAUUGAGGGAGGGAGGUAGAACAGUUGGUGCCGGGGUGGUUUCAAAAUUACUUUGAGCAGAGACGUUCUAACGCUGGAGCCUUGAUUUCCCUUUCUAUGCUCAUAAAGGGGCACUUGGAAAAACAUGACGUGGUUAUUCGUUGCAUAUUUUGAGUUUUAUGCGUUUGUUUUAGGUAUUCUCAACGAUAUUAUUUGUUAGAGAAACAGCGUUAUUGAGAAGGAAAACUUCGCAGCUCUGCAAUAGUUUUUUUUGCACAUUAGUUUCUUUUCAGGGCUGACAAUAAUAAUGUAAUCAGUGUCGAAGUGUCUUAUAUAGUUUGUUAUGUACGAUGUGAGUUCCUCGCAAAUAUUUUUUGCUGUCA